UGACUUUAUAAUACACUUACCGUGUUGUAUAGUGUACACAAAAUUUAAUCUUUUAAAAAUUUUAAAGUCCGCUAAACUGAAAUGGCUACGGAGCUACAAGAAUUGCAAAAACAAAUAAACAUCAAAACAGAUGAGUCACUUGAUAGUACUAGACGUAUGUUGGCCCUAGUUGAGGAGAGUAGUGAUGCAGGUGCCAAAACAUUGACAAUGCUAGAUAUUCAAGGGGAAAAAUUAGAUAGAAUUGAAGAAGGAAUGACGCAAAUAAACCAGGAUAUGAAGGAAGCAGAAAAGAAUUUGGAAGGCAUGGAGAAAUGUUGUGGACUAUGUGUCUUGCCUUGGAAGAGAGGUAAAACGGCCAAAAAAGAAGAGAGUGCAUGGAAAACAAAUGAAGACUGUAAAGUCAACACAGAUGGCCCUAGGAUGGUGGUUGGUGAUGCUAGUCAUAAUAUUCAAGGAGGAUUUGUAACGAGGAUAACCAAUGAUGCCCGGGAAGAUGAGAUGGAGCAGAAUUUGGUUGACGUGAGCAGCAUGCUUGGCAACCUCAAAAAUAUGGCCAUUGAUAUGCACAAUGAAAUCGAUUCGCAAAAUCGACAGCUUGACAGAAUCAACACUCAGGCAAUAGUCUUGGAUGAAAGAGUUCAAAGUGCAAAUAGUCGAGCUACAAAGAUUUUAAAUAGUUAAAUUAUAUAUUUUAUGUUAAACUUUCAAUUUAUUUAUCGUGCCUUAAUAAAUAUGCUUAAUAUAUUUAUCCAUUCCACGUCAAAAUGAAUUUCAUUAUAAAUUACAAAUAUCUUGGUUGCUGGUUUCUGGUGUUUUGCAUUAAAACUUCAGGCUUUUGAAUCAAACCUUUUCAAUAUAUUCACUUGAUUCUUUUCUAUUUUUUACAGAUAUUUAAAAGCAUUUAUAUACUUAUUAGAUUUUAGACUUAUUAUGGUGUCUGCUGAUCCAUAUUUUUCAAUUUUCAGAUAACUAUUUUUGUAUAAGCAUUACCUUAUUUUAAAAUAUUUUAAAAUAAAAUUUCAGCUU